ACAGAUUGUCAGAAACAUUCAAAGGGACCACCUCCGACAAUUUGGCAAACAUUAUUGUCAUAGUUUGCAGGAAAUUGUAGGGCCUAUAUUGUAGGUCUUUAUACGUAGUUCAGUUUGUUGAUCAGCGUUGUGGGUUUGCGUUGGAACUUGUGGGGCAUCGUGGUCUGGUGGUUGCCACUCUUUGUCUUUCAGUCAGAGGGACGUGGGUUUGAAUCCUAACCGUGGCAUGUUUUCCUUCAGCAAGAAAUUUACCAACAUUGUGUUGCUCUCUACCCAGGUUUUUAUGAGUGGUAGCUGAAGACUGUGUUGUGUGUGCUACAGCUGAGCUAAUGACAUUGUAUCACCAAAGAACCAAAACUACUGAAGUACUUCAGCCAUGUCGUCUCACGGGGAAAAGAUUAACGAGGAACAGAUUAAUGAGGAACAGAUUAACGAGGAACAGAUUAACAAGGAACAGAUUAACAAGGGACAGAUUAAUGAAGCAUGGUUCGACAAGGAGCAGAUUAAUGGGGUUGGGCCAGAGGAAUACGAUGAUUCGCAAACGCAAGAGUCUAUGAGUGGGACAAUACAUACAGAUGUUACUCUUGAAGCUGAUCAAGGCAUGGAAGAUUUAGCGGAAGAGGAAGGUGACUUAGAUGAGAAAGACACCGAUUGUCAUGGAGACGAUGGACAGACAGGUAGAGAAGGUGAAGGAGGAGGUGAUGAUGAUCCCAUUGAUGAAGAGGACAUUGGAAAGCCUGAUGAGGUCCUACUGGUGCCAACAAAUGGAGAAGCUGUGGAUAUAAAAGAAGAACCAAGCCAGCCUCAAGGCGGAAAUGAAGAAGUCAUUGCAUUCAGUGGGAAAUAUCAAAAGAUUGAAACGAGGCAUGUCAUGGACGACGCAUCGCUCAUUUCAAAAUUGUAUUUUCACUGGCUGAACUUUGCGUUUUACAAAGCAUGGAAACGCGGCUUGAAACCUGAUGAUCUAUUUCCCUGCUCACCGCAUGAGAGUGCCAGCCUUAAUCACAAUAGGUUUUCCCAGCUGUGGAACGAAGAACUUGCCAUGAGAGGUCCUAAGAAUGCGUCGUUGGGCCUGGUUGUUUUCAGAUUCUUACUCUUGAGGAUUAUUGCUGGUAGUAUGACAAUGCUGAUGGGCCUUUCAGUGUCUCUCUUUUCUUCUGCAUAUAUUGUGCGUCAACUCCUCGAAUACAUCCAGCAGACAGAGUCAGACACCCUGUAUGGAAUGCUCUGGGUGCUUGGGCUGUUGCUAUGUCAGUUGACCCAGGUCACCCUACUCUCAUAUCAGUUCUACCUGAAUACGAGGACGGGGACUAAGCUCCGGGCCGCCAUUGUUUCAACCAUCUACAGACGGGCUAUUAGUGUGAGGACUCUGAAGGGCAAGUCGGCCGGGGAGAUCAUAAAUCUGUGUACUAACGAUGGACAGAGAUUAUAUGAAAUGGGUCUAUACGGACCAACGCUCCUUUGCGGACCCCCUAUAGCUGUUGCUGGCAUAAUUUAUACCUAUUUCCUGAUUGGACCGGCGGCUUUAUUUGGAACUGGCAUCUUCUUCAUGUUCUACCCAAUCACGAUGGGAAUGGCCAAACUAGUCGCUUACUUCAGACGUCAAGCCAUUCAGAUUACUGAUAAGAGAGUUCGUCUGAUGAAUGAAGUCAUCUCCAGCAUCAAACUUAUCAAGAUGUAUGCGUGGGAAAUGCCUUUCUCCAAGAAAAUAUUCAAUAUGCGUGGAGAAGAACAAAGAGCGCUGCAGAAGGGAGGGUAUUUGCAAAGUUUUAGUACCAUGACUCUUCCUUUGGUCCCAGUUCUAGCGGCGAUGCUUACCUUAGUCCUACACACAGCCCUUGGAAACAAUCUAACUCCAGCUCAGGCUUUCUCCUACAUUUCCUGUUUGACUGCCAUGCGUUUGAUCCUUGUGAUGACCCCUAUGGGGGUCAAGGCUGUCUCGGAGUCUGUAGUGGCAUUUCCACGCAUCAAGGAAUUGCUUCUGAUGGAGGACGUCAAGCCGUUCACCGACAAACCGUCGUCUCCCAACCUCGCCCUCGAGAUCGUCAAGGCCACGUUUGCCUGGGACAAGGAGCAGGCCGUGAUUGCCGCCGAUGGCAAGGGGCUGGCAAGCAAGGAGAAGAAGAAUGGCAAUGUGAGGGUGAAGAAGGAUGGGGGAGCGGAGCAGGAAGAAGGGGAAGAGUCUGCGAUUCCCUUGGUCGAAGGAGGAGGAUCCAAGGAUGAGGAAAAUGAAGAGAUAGUGAAGACGCUCUUUGAUGUUGAUUUGAAGAUUGAAAAGGAUUCUCUGGUAGGAAUUUGUGGAAGCGUUGGCAGCGGUAAAUCAUCGCUCAUCAACGCCAUCCUGAGUCACAUGAUCAUGGUCAACGGAUCGGUAGCGGUCGAUGGCACAUUCGCCUAUGUCCCCCAGCAGGCAUGCAUCAUGAAUACAACAUUGCGAGAGAAUAUCCUGUUCGGGUUGGAGUUUGACGAGGAUCGCUAUGUGGAUGUCGUGGAAGCGUGCGGACUCGCUCCUGACCUGGAGAUACUAGCAAAUGGUGACCUAACGGAGAUUGGUGAGAGGGGUAUCAACCUGAGUGGCGGCCAGAAGCAGCGUAUCAGCAUGGCGAGGGCGGUAUACUCCCAGCGAGAUAUUUAUUUAUUAGACGACCCUCUCAGUGCUGUAGAUGCCCAUGUUGGACAACAUAUCUUCGACAAUGUCAUCAAGAAACUACUCAAAGGCAAGGCAGUGCUGUUUGUGACCCAUCAACUUCAGUUUCUCAGUCAGUGCAACCGUGUGCUCUUCAUGAAGUCCGGUCGCAUCUCGGCCGAUGGCGCGCACAACACCCUGAUGAAGAGCGACCCGGAGUACAACGCUCUCCUUCAGAACUUCAUGCAGGAGCAGGAGAUGAAGCGGGCCUCGGUCCACUCCUCCAAAGACGGAGGACGCGGCCGUGCGCUCUCCUCCAUCUCCCUGACCUCCCUAGACUCCAGGCAACGGUCCGAGAGCUUCCGUACCCUGACGCAGUCCUUCAGGGCGCGGUCCAACCAGAUGCUGCGUCAGGUUUCGAACCGUUCCACCCACUCCAUCCCGGAGCAGACGCCUCUCCCGAUCCAGGAAUCAGAGACUAACAAGAUAAAGCAAGCGGAUGACCAAACAGAUGAUUCGGAAUACCUGCCCAUGUUCGAAUCGAGGGAAGACGUAAGAAAAGAAAAUUCUGAUGGAGAGAACGAAGAAUCGGAAGAAGAAUACGAAGAAGAGGGCGAAGAUGAGUGUGAUGAUGAUGAAGAUGAUAGUGUCGUGUAUGAUGGAAAGCUGAACCAACCCGAAGCGAUAGAGACAAAAGCCAAACCCUCCAAGACCUACCUAGCCUACAUGAAGUCUGCUGGCGGCGUCGUGGUCUCGCUGCUUGUCAUCCUGAUCUUUCUCAUCUCCCAGGCUCUGGCGACGUUCAGCAGCUUCUGGCUGAGUCAUUGGCUGGAACAGGGAAAUGGGACCAAAAUAGAUGUGAAUGCCUCUACAAUAGGAAAGGAUUUUGAUCCGUACCUGCAUAUGAACGUGUCCGACAAUCCUCGAUUGAGGUUCUAUCAACUUGUCUAUGUGGCUUCGGUACUUGGAUGCAUAUUAUUUGGUUGCUUACGGGCCUGUGUAUACGUUAAGACCACUCUGCGAGCAUCGUCCAAUUUUCAUAACAAGGUCUUUCUCAACAUCAUACACAGUCCUAUGUCUUUCUUUGAUGUAACACCAUCCGGACAGAUUCUCAACAGGUUCUCUAAAGACCUUGAUGAAGCUGAUAUUCGUCUUCCAUUCGUCAUGGAGUCCUUCCUCCAAAACGGCAUCUUCGUCCUCUUCAACCUUUUGACCGUUAUCUACAUCUUACCGUGGUUUCUUGUGGGCGUGGUGGUAGUGGUCAUCUUCUUUACCGGUCUAAACCGUUUCUAUCGGCCCGGUCUGCGGAACAUCAAGAUGCUGGACAACACGCUUCGCUCGCCUUGGUUCUCGCACGUUACCACGACGAUGCACAGUCUCUCCACCAUCCAUGCCUACGAGAAGAGAGAUGAGUUUAUUCAGAAGUUUGAGAAGCAAUUGGACAAACACUCCGUGCCUAUGAUGCUCUUCAUGUUGGCCAAUCGGUGGCUUGCGACUCGCUUUGACGUCAUGACGAGCCUGCUGGGAUGCCUGACGGCGACCUCUAUUGUCCUUAGCCAUGGCAGUAUACCACCCGGCCUGGCAGGGCUGGCUCUAACCUUUACUAUGCAGUUCCUAGGUAUAUUCCAGUUCACGUUGAGAUUGGCUGCUGAAGUCGAGGCUAGAUUUACAUCCGUUCAAAGAAUAAUUGAUUACACCAAAUUACCAAGAGAAGUGGCCCCUACCAUCGCUGGACAAGAGCCCCCUGAGAACUGGCCGGACCAUGGUCGUAUCACAUUCCGAAGGGUAAAGUUACGUUACCGUGACAACUUGCCCCUUGUGCUGAAAGGCGUGACGUUUUAUGUGAAGCCGCGAGAGAAGAUCGGCAUCGUGGGAAGGACGGGCUCAGGCAAGUCAUCCCUUGGUGUCGCUCUUUACCGCCUUGCUGAGCCGUGCGGAGGAAGCAUGUUUAUUGAUAAGAGAGAUAUCUGUAAGAUGGGAUUACGAGAUCUCAGAUCAAAGAUCUCCAUCAUACCGCAAGAUCCCGUCCUGUUUAUAGGAACUGUCAGGUACAACUUGGAUCCAUUUGAUGAACAUUCAGAUGAUAGUAUAUGGAGAGCUUUAGAGAGGACUCAUAUGAAGGAUACGAUAUCCAAACUAGACCAUCAGCUAAUGGCUCCAGUGAUUGAGAAUGGUGAAAAUUUCUCAGUUGGGGAAAGACAACUCAUGUGCAUGGCAAGAGCGCUUCUUAGAAAUAGUAAGAUCCUGUUUUUAGACGAAGCUACAGCAGCUAUUGACAGUGAGACGGACACUCUCAUCCAAGCUACCAUAAGGGAAGCCUUCCGUGACUGUACUAUGCUCACCAUAGCGCAUCGUCUCAACACCAUUGUUGAUUCGCAUCGCAUACUCGUCAUGGACGAUGGAAAGAUUGCCGAGUUUGAUCGUCCUAGCGCUCUGAUGAACAAACCAAACUCUAUAUUCAAAUCGAUGAUGGAGGCCGUCGCUGCCCAGAAAGAACUCGCCGAGGUGUUCGGUUCAGCAAAUAGCCUUCAAGUGCCUUCCCCCAUCUAGCAUCUUCACAUGUGCAUCGAUUAUGAAUGCCAAUCUAUAGCAAUGGUGAGGCGGUACAUACAUAGGGACAGUGAUUUUCCGCGAUCGCGGAAAACGGACGGAAUUCACGGAAAUGGGCUUUUUAAACGGAAAGUGGCAUUUCAAACGGAAAAUCACGGAAAAAGUAUUUUCCCUCAAAAUACACAGAAUAGCAACAGAAAUUACUCCAAAAUCACAACAAAAUGAGAAUAUUAAAUGGCCACAAAACCCCAGAAAACACGAUCUCACUUCGCUACUAUCAUGACAAUUCACACAUCGUGACUGCACUCGACAUCAGCACACUCGAUUGUACCCCUCACCCGUACCGUACCCGGCCGGCCGGGUUGGGCUUCACAUGCACACAUAUCGUUCUACUACACGGUCGUGUGUUGCUGCCCUCUACGUUUGAAGAUGUAACAGCACGAUAUCGUGGACUUAACAUCCAAGAUGGCGGAUUGGCAAAAGCUGUUGACUGAUGAUAACGAUGUCCAAAAACCCCAAAAUUAUCGAUAAAAUAUCAUUUCACCGUGAAAUAAUGCUAAUAAUGUGAAAGGUGAGGAUGUAUGCAUGCUAAAUGGGUUUGUAAAAAUAUUUUAUGCACCCGCAUAGAUCCGAUUAGAACGGAUUCUAUUGUGUUGUUGGUACAGUAGCAGAUACAAAUUUUGACCAGUGCGAGUGUACGUGUUGUGAUUUUGCUAUUCAAUGUGUAAACGGAAUUGUCACUUUUCCGUGUGUACAAAGUCUAUGGGGAAAUGGAAUUUCCGUUUUCUGACAUGCUGAAACGGAAUUUGAGAUUUUCUGAAACGGAAAAGGCAAUUUUUUGAAACGGAAAAUCACUGUCCCUACAUACAGGUGGAGUGUUGUGUUCAUCGUAUUGUAUCUGUGAAGGCAUGAUGAUCUAUCAAUUAUCUUUCACUUUGUGAAUUACGUAGAAAGAUGACAUCAUGAUGAAGCCGGUGAUGGAUUGGGUUGCUGCUCAGAAGAACUUGUUGAAGGUUUUCAGUUCAUCGAAAAGCCUUCAAGUUCUUUUACCAGUCUAGCGCCUGUACAUCCAUGUAAAUUGUGGAUGAAUCCCAUUUCAGUGGCGGAUCAGCUGGAUUUAGUGUUUGCAGCGCAUUGUACCUGCAAGUGGAUUGGUUUGUAUUGGGUGAUUUCAAGUAGGGUGUUUGGGUCGGAAGCACAAUUUGAUCGCGUUUCCAAGCUUCAAAACUUAUUCUGAGUUUACACAAAUAAUCCGGAUCGCAAUAUUGACAGCUCAACACCAAGUGGGUGACUUUUCAGGAGCAUCUUCAUUUUAUGUUUUGUGUUGUACUCGUGUUAAAAUUGACCAAACACCAACACCAAAAGGUUAACUCUGAACUUGAAAUCACCUAAUGUCUGUAGUAUCACGACACCUUGUCUAUUGGUUUGAAAUUGCAACCGAAAGAUGCUUGCCGAGGUAUAAUGACCACAUUCCAUAGACGUGGUUAUCAUUAUUUAAAUGGUACAAGUAUCAUUAUUUAAAUGGUACAAGUAUUCAGAAGAAAUUCAGAUUUACAGGUGUAAUAUCGAAAAAUGUCUUGAAGAAUGUUCUGGGUGUCAUUUCCAUGUUGAAAGUAUGACCAAAUGUAGCAAUUUUUUUUUUGUGUAUUCUUGAUGAGAGAAGUUAAGGUGAGGGAAAGGUUAUGUUCAUAGACGGUGCUGAUAGAUAAUGAUAGACAGAAUAACUGUAUUCUAACAGUAAAAUUAUGGUAAUAUUGAUACUGUAACAGAAAAUGUUACAGCACUUGGUCAUCAUUUCUGUGCCUCUGCUGCCAUCUACAUGUGUGAAUGUAUGAUGUAUUUCUUAAUAAUUAUGAUGAAUGAUGCAACUUGACAAUGAUUUAUGUGCCUUCUCUGCCAAUUUUUUAUCUAAAUCUUUAAAAUAUGAUUA